AUGAAUUCUGACGAAAUAAUUAAUGAGGAGCUUCCUAUCUCCGAAAACCUAGGAACUACUGGUGUAAACUCUACCCAAGAGAAAAUACCAAACAUGAGUCAGGAGACGACGGGUCCUAUCCCUCGGUUCCUGAUCAUGAGAAGGAAGAAUGGCGACUUCACAAGAGUCAGUCCAUUCCUAAUCCAUAGAGUAAUGUAUGGACUUAUAGGCACAACUAAUGACUUGAAGAAAGUAAAGGACGGUUUGCUCAUAGAGACAAAAACUAGAGCCCAAGCAGAGAGACUGCUUUCAAUUGAAAAAUUCUCUGAGUUUGAGGUUGAGGUUGUUCCGCAUAAAACCCUCAACAAAAGUAAAGGUGUAGUAUUUUGUAAAGACUUUCUCAACUGCACAAUUGAAGAAAUAGAAGAAGAACUUAAAUCUCAAGGGGUAACCAAAGUAACCCGUAUGAAACAAAAGAAAGGACAUGAAACAGUUGAUUCACCAAAUCAUAUUUUAGAAUUCAACUCAACUAAAUUACCCACUAAUAUACAUGCCGCUCUCUACAACUUAAGAGUUCGUCCGUAUUUCCCAGCACCAAUGAGAUGCUUCAACUGCCAACGAUUUGGACACAUAUCCUCACGGUUCGAAACAGAGAAAACCUGCAUUUGUGGAAAAAAAGAACACGAAGGAGAAUGUGUAGAACCUAUUAUAUGGUACUGCCUUGGUGAUAAUAUGACGGAUCCUAUAAGUAUAGAGUGUCCCAGUAAAACCGUCUCAUCAGUUUCGUCAAAACGUUGGAUUUUGAAUAAAGCUAACUGGGAUUUAUACAGAGCAGAAUUGAACAAUUUGAGGGAAGUUAACCUCGAUAAUAUAGAUGACGCGGUCGAAGAAAUCAGCACUGCUAUUCUGAAUGCAGCCUAA